AUGGACCUCCUCAAGGUCCUUUCACGAGGGACAAAGAAGACGCCGAAGUCUGCAGACACGCUUGCGCCGCCCUCCAAACCGAGCAACCCCCAGCUAUACCACGAUGCGACCCGCGGCGUGAAGCGGAAACGCAACGAAGAGGCGCUCAACGUCGCCUCCAAAGACGACGAACAAGACAUCGACUUCUUCGCACCACCCGAGAACAAGAAGCCUGCAGCUGCCGCGACGGCCACCCAGGACAUUCCCAAGAGCUCCCAAGGUGGACCGAGCCCGCAACUCCUUGACCAGGACGAGAUUCGACAAGUCCUUCGGUCGCACCGCCUGAAAUUUACCCUGCUAUCCAAACACGAGAACGAAAAGUCCAAGGUCAAGAAGCCCAAGCGCAAAGCGCAGGUGCAGCAGAAAGGCAAAGAGAAGAAGUCCCUGUACCCUCAGCCUUUGGUCAGCUUCAAUGAAUUGCGGUCGACCUACAACAUCUCCCCGCGGCUGGUCGAGAAUCUGGCCAAGCAAGGUUUCAGGCUACCCACUGAGCCUCAGCUCGCCACCCUGCCGCUGCUGAUCGAUUCGAGUCUUGCGCUACGACAGGCCUUGCCUGAGGGUCUAGAGAUGCCCACAGACAAGCCCGUGAACCUCCUUGCGGUGGCACCGACUGGAAGUGGGAAGACACUGUCCUUCUUGAUCCCGAUUAUGAAUGCGAUUCUGCGGCGCCGAGCGGGAGGUGCUCAAUCUAAAGGUCACACUCUCGAAGCUCUCGUGAUUGCACCGACCCGGGAGCUUGCACAUCAAAUUGUCACCGAGGGGCAGCGACUGUCCGAAGGCAUGGGAGUGAAGAUCGUGGGGUUCAAGAAGGGAAUGCGGAUCACAGCAGAAGCCGGGACGGCGGAAUCGGCCCAUGGCGACAGUGCUCUCGACGAAAGUGACAAUGAAAGCGACAGCAAAAGCGAAGAUGCCGCGAACUCGAAUGAGUCUGAGGAGGAAGAGGAGGAAGAAAGCGAGGCGGAUUCAGCGAACCGACCAGUAACAAAAGCUGAUAUAUUGGUCACGACACCCAUGUUACUUCUCAACUUUCUGAAAAAAGGGACCAAGUCGAAAAGGACAUUACCGACAGUUCGAUCGAUCGUUCUUGACGAAGCCGACGUCCUGCUUGACCCCCUAUUCCGGGACCAAACACUUGGCUUGGUGUCAUCUUGCAUUCAUGAAGACCUCCAGUUCACGUGUUGGUCUGCCACCAUGGGGUCAAACAUAGAGGCUUUCCUAUUGGAGACCCUUUCGUCGCCCAACUCCAACUCGUCCAUGGCUCCCUUGGUCAGGUUAGUGGUUGGACUAAAGGAUACCGCGGUGCCAAGUGUCAAUCACCGACUACUCUUCACUGGUGACAACGAACGAGGGAAACUCUAUACAUUGCGACAGCUGCUUCAUCCUAGUUCUUCCAGCUCCACCAUUCCGGACAUGCGCUUGCCGUUCCUGGUCUUUGUGCAGACCAUUGAGAGAGCGACUUCGCUGCACGACGAACUCAAGUUUGAGUUUCCUGCCGAGGCUGGAGGAUCCUCACGGAUUGCGACUCUCCACUCGUCCCUUUCCGAAUACGCUCGAUCCAAGAUCAUAGCACGAUUCCGGGCUGGCGAGAUUUGGGUACUGAUCACGACCGACUUGCUAAUGCGUGGGAUUGACCUGCGUGGCGUCAAUGGUGUUAUCAACUAUGACAUUCCACUCUCUGCAGCAGCGUACGUCCACAGGGUCGGUCGAACUGGCCGGGCUGGUCACGAAGGCGGUGUUGCGGUCACAUUCUACACCAAGGAGGAUCUGCCUUACCUGAAGAACAUUGCCAAUGUAAUUUCCCUCAGCGAAAAACAGGCCGGAAAGGGCAGCGAGGAAGGAAUUCCGAAGUGGCUCAUGGACGCACUGCCAAAGGUAAAGAAGGAGGACAGGAAGAAACUCAAGGAGAGAGGUGUGGAAUCCCGGAGAGGAACUAAAGCCCAGGUUACAACCAAGAGUGCUUGGGAACGGAAGCGUGAGAAUAAUAAACGAGGCGCGAUUGCUGGAAGCAAAAAGCGCAAGCUCGAAGAACCAGAGGCUGGUAACGAUAAUGGGCAGGAUAGCGAAUGGGGUGGGCUUGACGAUUGA